GAGAGCGCGCUGGUGCGGGUGCAGAAGGGCGACGGGCUGCUGCGGCAGUCCGAGGCGGCGCUGGCGCGGCUGGCGGGCGCCGGGCGCCUCCUGGAGGUGCAGUUCGAGGGCGAGACGGGCUUCGGCAGCGCCGUCACGCAGUCCUUCUACGUGGAGGCGAGCCUGGCGCUCCAGGACCGCGAGGCGAACCGCGAUGUGCCGCUGUGGGUCCAGGACGGUGGCUCCUCG